AUGGAACCAGAAAACCAAACACAUGUUUCAAAAUUUAUCCUCCUGGGACUCUCAGAAAAGGUAUUGCUUCAGCCUCUCCUCUUUGGGCUGUUUUUGUCCACGUACCUGCUCACAUUCAUUGGGAACCUUCUCAUUAUCCUGGCCAUUAUCACUGACUCCCACCUCCACACACCCAUGUACUUCUUCCUCUCCCAUCUCUCUUUUGCAGACAUCUGUUUCACCUCUACCACAAUCCCCAAAAUGCUGCUUAACAUCCAGACACAGAGUAAAGUCAUUACCUUUGCUGGAUGCAUCACCCAAAUAUAUUUCUUUAUGCUUUUUGGAGAUUUGGAUAACCUCUUCCUGACCGUGAUGGCCUAUGACCAGUUUGUGGCCAUCUGUCACCCCCUCCACUACAUGGUCAUCAUGAACUCCCGGCUUUGUGGCCUCCUGCUUAUAGCAUCCUGGAUCAUAACUGCUCUGCAGUCAUUGUCACAGAGCUUAAUGGUUUUGAGACUGUCUUUUCGUACAGAGUUGGAAAUCCCUCACUUUUUCUGUGAACUUAAUCAGCUGGUGCAACUUGCUUGUUCUGACACCUUUCUCAAUGAUGUAGUGAUGUAUUUUGCAACUGGAAUUAUAGGUGUUAUUCCACUCUGUGGUAUUCUCCUCUCUUACUCUAAGAUUGUAGCCUCUAUUGUGAGAAUUUCAUCAGCUGGGGGCAAGUAUAAAGCAUUUUCUACCUGUGAGUCUCAUAUCUCAGUUGUCUCCUUGUUCUAUGGUACAGGCCUUGGAGCGUAUCUUAGUUCUGCUGCCACACAAAACUCCAGGGCAAGUGCAAUAGCUUCAGUGAUGUACACUGUGGUCAUACCCAUGCUGAAUCCUUUUAUCUACAGUCUUAAAAACAAGGACAUAAAGCAAGCCCUUAAAAAACUUUUCAGUUGA